UUGUACUGUCAACUCAACUCCAGCAUAAUAAUAAUAAUAAUAAUAAUAAUAAACAAAAUAACAGAGUGCUCAAAAAUUCAAAAAUCCCAUAACAUACAGCAGAAUAGUUGAUAUUUGAGACACCCUUUUGGUUCUUCUGCAUCUUGCUGGAGUCUAGAUGUAUGUUUGCAAAUGUAGGAAUUGGCUGAGUGGUCGAGACAUAAGAGUAACAACCUGAAGAUCCCUCGUAAAUGCUUAGUGUGCCAGCUGGUUAAGGCUGAGCAUCAGAGACCAGCAGGACCUUUACACCCAGUUCAGAUACUACAGUGGAAGUGGGACGAGAUAGCCAUGGACUUUGUCUGUGGAUUGCCGAAGAGUGUGAGGCAACAUGGCGCCAUUUAGGGUUUUUGAAGGUUCUCUCGAGGGGUUGUGAGCUGGUUAAGAUACUUGCUAUUGUCAAUCUUACCUCCUUUUUAAUUUAGGCAGAAUGGACCACAAUGCUCUUGGAGCUUCACAAGCUGCAGCAGCUAAGAAAUACCAUAGCACAAAGAAUGAAGGCACUGAAUCCUAUCAAAAACUGCAACAUGAUUCAGAGACUUCUGACGUGAAUCAAGGUCAAGGUGGUAGGAAUGUCGCAGGUGAUGUGGCUCCAGCACAUGAGAAAUCUCGUGGCGAAGUAAACAUGGAGGCGGAUAUCACUAUGGAUGACGUAAUAAGAGCUGGAGGUUUAGGAGCGAGAGACGACUUAAAUAGUGUUCUUCCUAUGGCAGCUGAUACCACCGACUUUGAAGCUUCUAUUCGUGAUGCUUGGGACUAUGAAGGGAAACGUGAAAGCAUUAAUCGACCAGGCCUUGGCUGGACAGAACCUACAAAGAAAUAAAUCUAUCCAUGCUACAACAUAGAGGUGGACCUCCAAGGUGUUUUCCGGUUUUACUGGCACUCUUAGGCUCUUAGUUCUGCUUCUGUCGAUUGAAUGUGUCCCUAUGUGUCUUAUGGUUGUUCAAGAUAUAAGUCUUAUCCCUGUGUAUGAAACUAAUUAUAAGCUAGAUGGAUCUUUUUAGCGACGUGCUUACUUGCCAAUUUAUUGUU